AUGUGGGAGUCCGCCAUUAGCGCCCGUGAUCUCCUGCUGCAAGAACAGGAUCGCCCACGAGCCUUCCCCGGGUCUUUUGGAGCCGCUGGACCCAAUAAUCUGUGGGAGGUUGGCGGAGACGCUGGGGAGGCUCUAGGGAUUAACCAGCGGGAGCAGCUGCUGCACAUGAGUGCUGGCCCUCACAUGGCUUCAUCUCUGAAAGGAGGGGGCGCUGCACUGUGGAUAAGGCCGGCUCCCCAAUUUGUAAUUAAGGCGAGGCUCCAACAGGGCCAAAAGCUUUUCCUGAACAUUUGCAGCCACCCACAAAUAGAGCCAUGGCACUACAAAGAAGAUCUAUCUGAAGAGGGGCAGGGGCCCCAAGGAGGGGUUCGGAUCCCCAUGAGUAUUGGCCCGUGUGUUCAGACAAGUGACAAGCAAGGGACUGCUGCUCUUUGCUGUGACGUCGUCUUCAACAGAGGCAAGGGCUGCCAUGAAGGAUUAUGCGAGUUUGUAGUGAACUGGCCUGUGCUAUUUGCUGGAGCGGAGUGUGAUUGCGCAUAUCCUCUUGGCGCGAGCUCCCUUAUCCCGUUCCUGCAGCUGCAGGCCUUCUUUGUUGUGUUUCCGCAGAAACACUGGAGCGCUGCUGGGGAGAACGCCAGUCCCGCGACUAGUCCGGUAUUAAAAGACGUAAGCGGCCGUGCCUCGAAAUACCCCCUGCUGGCUCCCCAGGGUCCCUCUAGUGCUCCUCUCGGCCGCUGCUGCUGCUGGACUGCAGGGAGACUUCCUCCCCCCAUGCAACGCAUAAGGGUGACACGCGAAGCCCACAUUGAGGUGCUCACAGCUGACUCUGCAGCAGAAGCUCGAAAAGCCUCAGCUACGGGGGAGCGGGCAGCCACUGCAGCACCACUUCCUGCUAAGGCCAGCAGCAGCCUUGCCGAGUACUUGGUUUGGGAGGGAGUCUUCGUUACGCCUGCAGAUGCAGGGGCCUACUGCCUCUCUCUUUCACAAGGUUUGAGGCCUCAACAAAUCCCAGGAUCCCAGACCAUGUCUCUCAGUUCCCAGCAGGACUCACUUGCUAGCACACCACACGUCGUGCCCUGGAUAUCUAGCUGGAUUAACCGUUACAGCAGCGACAGCUGCGGCAGCAGCAACAACUGUGGCAGUGAACGAAUUAUUCCCGCCGGGUCAGUCGAAGCAGCCCUGCAUAUGCUGCAAGGUCGCGUCUACGUACUCCAGCUGGUUCUGCCGCGUGCUGCUGCCUCUGUUAAGGCAGCAGCAACACCAUUCUGUUCACGCUGUGCUGCCCCCAGACAGCGCUGUUACUGCGGUGAAGCCAGCCUGGCCUGGGAAUUCAAAUGCACAUACGCCCUCAAGAUAAGCGACCUUGAACUCAUCGUGCUGCCCCUUCGUGGGGCCCUCUGGGGCAUUGAGAGGAACCCCACUGGGCCCCUCAACGGCUGCAGCCUUGCGUUUCCGCUGCGCCUGCGGUCGAGGGCCGCUUUCGCCUUGGUAUGUACGUACGGCUGUUGCGAGAAAGCCCAAGAGUCACUGCAGCAACUACAGCAGCAGCAGUGGCUUCCAAAAGGGGAGGCGCGGGUAGCGCCUCAUGAGGGGACGCAGCUAUCGCCGAAAGACACGCAAUCUGCAGGUGCUGCCUUUCUGUUGACUAUAUGUUUAUUUGUCGACGAUGUAGCCGAGGAAGCCUUAGCGCGUAUCUGUCCUGCAGCUGCAGUAGCACUAGCUGAGGCUGCAGCGAUUGGAGUUGAAGCAGCAAGAGCGGAAGCUGACAAGGAAGAGAUGAGUACGAAGCUGCAGGUGGAAAUGGACGACAGCUCCUCUUCAGACGACAGCUGCAGCGUUAUACUUCACGGGAGCACCAGAGCCAAAGCGGCGACAGAAGGCAGCAUCUACGACAGCAGCUCGAGUUCACCAAGCACCCACGUAGCAUAUGACGAGCGGCAUAAUUGA